AUGGGGGAAUGCAUCUCUGGGGGUCCUAUGAUCGCCGUUGCCAACAACCACAUAACCACAGCAACCAUCAUCCAAUCUACUAUUCUGGGGUGUCGUGGAUUUCUAAUUGACCAUCAUUACUGGGAUAAUCCACCCUUGUUAAAUCCACCAACUCCUCAGUCCACCGAUAGUCAGCCUACUACAGGAGAGCCAGCAACACCAAAAAGGCGAAAAGCUGAACCAGAAAUGUUACAAUCUUUAAGGCGUUCUACACGUCACACAUCUAGCUGUGACAGGUUGUCUGAAAGCAGUGCUUCUCCACAGCCUAAGCGACGGCAUCUUGACACAUCUGCCACAAUGCCAAAAUUGUUUUUGCAUUUGGAAAAGAAAACCCCAGUACAUAGUGGAUCAUCUUCACCUAUUACUUUGACUCCUAGCAAAGAAGGGAGUGCAGUGUUUGCUGGCUUUGAAGGUAGAAGAAAUAAUGAAUUAAAUGAGGUGCUCUCCUGGAAACUUAUGCCAGAGAAUUAUCCCCAAAGUGAUCAACCUCCUCCUCCAUCAUACAUUUAUGGGUCACAGCAUUUGUUGAGAAUGUUUGUAAAACUUCCUGAGAUCCUUGGGAAGAUGUGCUUUUCUGAUAAGAACCUUAAAGCUUUGGUUAAGCACUUUGAACUCUUUCUGAGGUUUUUAGCCGAAUACCAUGAUGAUUUCUUCCCUGAGUCUGCUUAUGUAGCUGCAUGUGAGGCUUAUUACAGUACCAAGAAUCCCCGGGCAAUUUACUAAAAGUAAAAAUUUUUUUUUUAUGAAAAUAUGAAAAACAUUCUCCAUAUAGAGAUGUUUAUACUGUCACUUUUGACAAGUUGAUACCAGAUGAAAAACUAAUGGAAAUAGCAUGGCUUCUCCUUUUAGAUAGAUCAAAAAGAGACCCAAGACAGCUGGAUUCUUUGGCAGAAAUGGAUCACUUUUUUGUCUGAGUUGCCCAAUUACUGCACUACGAAUUUCUCUAAUUUUUCUUAUAAAUAUUGUUUCUAGAUGUCUUAAAAAACUUCUUCAACACUUAAUGCUUAGAACUGCAUAUUUUCUCUUUUAAAAUGCAAUAUUAGCAGCUGUAUUAAUUGUAGAACAUUUCAUAAAAGUGUAAAUAAUUUGACUUGAUUCAGCAAAAAAAUGUGAAGUUGAGGUUUAUUUUCUUGCCAUGGAAGUAAGACUGUUUAUUCUUAGGAGGAAAAAUAAAUGUCCUGUGGAUUUUAUUUCAUAAUUGCUCUAAGAGGGAAAACAAAUGAAUGGAAAAACACAUAAAUCAAAACAAUUUGGUUUUUAUUUCUGGAAAAACACUUUAAGUUACUUGAAUAAAAUAUUUGCCUUUGU